CAGCCAGUUUCGAAACUUCAAUUAUCGGCACGAGGACAGAUGGACAGGCGGCGACCACCGUUUCUCAGAGCUUCUACUAAAGCUAAGGAGACGGAACGAAGCAGUGGAAGUAAGAUGGAUUCUGCACGCAGCGGGGGUGUCAUAGAAGAACAGUGUAGUGACGAAGAUCUGUCACCAGAAGCUCUUGUCAGACAGAAUUAUGAGCUUCGUCAUCGCUUGGAAGAGGAGACUGCGAGUUACAAAAGACGUUUGGACACAUAUCGGCAGGCUCAGCAACAUCAAGCCGCUCUUGUCUCGCGAUUACAAGCUAAGGUUCUGCAAUAUAAACAGAGAUGUUCGGAACUGGAAAAUCAAAUGGCAGAAACGAUUCCGUGCGAUACCAGUAAACCAGCGACAGCCACAGUGUCAUCCACCACCGUGCUGGAAGCUGCUCAUCAGACACUUCGAGAUGUGCGCGAGGAGCAGAUUCACGACUUGGAUACUGCCUUGAAAAAACUCGGAGAGGAACGGCGAAAAUGUGAAGAACUUUUGCAAUUAAACGCAUCCCUGAAGGAUCAACUCGAGGAGUCUCAUCAGACGAACGAGGCGCUGACCAACGAUUUGCAGAAAUUAAGCAACGACUGGGAUAUUUUGAGAGAGGAAUUGGCCAUUAAGGAAGACGAAUGGAAGGAAGAAGAACAGGCAUUCAACGAAUAUUACAUCUCUGAGCAUAAUCGAUUACUGAAUCUAUGGCGCGACGUUGUCUCCGUUAAAAGACUGUUUGCGGAAAUGAAAUCUACCACGGAAAGGGAUUUGUCGAAACUGCGAAACGAAAUUAUCUCGUCAUCCAACGAGAUGACAUCGGCAUGCAACAGUGCGAACUUUACCAUGAAACUUCAAGCUACGGCUACAACCCGGUCCCAGAGAAUGCAACAACAGGAAGAAGCACAAGCUGUGACUGUUCUGAAAACAGAGAUUACGGCACUCAAGCAACAGCAAGCUGCCAAUCAGCAUGAAAUUCGUACCAAGGAUGACCGAAUAGAUCAGCUUAUUCGAGAAAUUCGCAAUUUAGAGGAGAGAUGCGGCGUUUCCGAGGCGGCGGUGGCUCAGACCGCGCGUAUGCAGGAGGACAUCGAGGUGUUGGAAUCCGCGUUACGAGACAUCGCGCAUGCCGUGAUUCAAGACGCCGAGAGUCGGGAUGCGGAUGCAAAGCAGACACCCUCGCAUAUUCACGUGUCCUCGAGCGGACCGAACCCGCAGAGAUCGCCGAAGAGGAGCGCGCGAAGUAACAUACCGGCGCUUGCCGAGAGCACUAUAAGCGCAGUACGAGCAGCUCUGCAAAAAUAUCAAUUAACGAUACGCGAGUUACAGAUAAAGUCACAAACGAACAAGGAACAGAUUUUAAUGAUGCGCAAACAGUGCGACACCGCAGAGGAAAACGCACAGGCGUUAAAUGCAAGAGUUGCGGAAUUGAUCUCUCAGUUGGACGCAUGCCGUUCGCAGUGCACACAACUGGGUCAAGAGAAGGAGAUGCUGCAGAAGAGUCUCGAUAAUGUGAAAUUGGAGAAAAAUGCAUUGGAUAAAAAUAAAGUGGAGCUUAACAGCACGAUGGAGGCUCUUAAAAAUAACUAUGAGAAACUUCAAAAAACUGUUAAUAAAUUACAAAAGCUGUGCGACAAUCUGGAAGAUGAAAAAUUAUAUCUGCAGAAUGAACUUAGCAGAGCGUCGGAAGAUGUCGAUUUAAAAGAAUUAAGUUUACGAUCAGAGGAAGAUAGAUGCAGUAAAAUGAGAGAAGAAAUUUUGACAUUACGGGAGGAUUUAAGUAAAGCUUACCUCGCUAAAGAUAUGUUGGAACAGCAGAAAUUAGAAACUGACGGAUUAAUCUCUCAAAUUGAGAAAAGCAAAGGUGAUCUUGAGUUGGAACUCGAACGGAUAUUAUUGGAAAAGUCAGACAUACAGGAAAUUUUAAUGAAAAUGGAAGCGAUAUGUUCUAAUCAUGAACAAGAUAAACAAAGAUUGCAAGAAGAAUUGAAAAAAAUGGCAGACGAGAAAAAUAAGCUUGCAAGUCAGUGCAUCGAUCAACAGGGGGAUCUGAAUUCGUUGAGAAAGGAACUUCUGCAAGCCGAGCAAACUCGACUUGAUUGUGAAUCUGAAAAAGUUACGUUGAACGAAAAGAUUAAAUUUCUGGAAAUAGAAAAGGAGAAGGUGGAAAUGGAAUUGGGUCAAAUAACUCGCGAGCGCAGUGAUUUGAGUAAUCAGUUGUCGGUCCUGGCGCGAAAGAAGGAAACGUUAAACGAAGAGCUCAUGAGACUCAGGCAAAGAUUAGAACAAUCCAACGAAAUGAAUGCGCGGAUAAAUAGGAACUUGAAAGAUCUUGUGAAAGACAACGAGGAAAAACAGGUACUCUUAGAAACAAACGAAAAGGAAUUUCAAAGAUUGCAAGAGCAGCUUGCGUCAAUGCGCACUGAGAAAGAAAUAUUGGAAGGGGUAUUGUUUGAUACACAAACUAAUUUGGAAGCCACGCAUAUCAAGAAAACACAGUUGGAAAAAGAGCAAAAAGAGAUGUUAAUAAAACAAGAGAGUUUGAAGGGACAAAUAACGCGAUUAACAAAGGAGCUGGAGAACAGUGAAAAACGUGCGCAGGAUAUCAAGCAAUCACUUACGCAACAGAGUGGCGAUCAAGUCGCAGAAUUUCAACAAGUUAUAUCCAAUAUGAAGAGACAAUCAGAAGAUAGCAUUAAAAAAAUAAAUGACGAAAAGGAGCAAAUAAGAAUAAGUUUAGAAAAGCGAUUACAACAAUCUUUAUUGCAAAUGGAGGGAGAGAAGAAUGAAGAGAUCAGUCAAUUGCAAUUGCGAAUAGAAGAGUUGCAGCAACAUAUAGAGAAUUUGUGUAAACAACAUGAAGAAGCGCUUCUUAGAGCCGAGAAUGAUAAACAACAGGCACUUUUAAUAGCGCAUCACGAUCAACAGGCUUUAAUUGAAAAGAUUGAUGCUAUUAUGCGUGAAUUAGAAGAAGAAAAGAAUACUUUAGAACGUGUUAAAAGAGAGGCCGCAGCACGCGCCGAGCAAGAACGUAAUAAUACGAAUCAACUGCGUGACGAAUUAAAUCGUCUCAGAACAAAAUUGGACGAGACGAAGUUGAGGGCUAAUGAGGAGAAAAUGAAACUUGACUUAAAGAUAGAGGAGCUUUGGAAGGAACGUGAGUCCGCGCAGCGGGAGGUUGAAGAGCUGCAAGUUCAACUGCACAUGAUGGAGGAUAAAGUAGACGGACUCCAAAAUCAAUUACACGAUACUAUCAGGAAACUCAAAGACGCUGACAACGUUAAUGAAACAAUGCGCAAGGAGUUAGUGGAUGUACGAAGGCAAUUGGCGGAUACCACAUACGAAAAGGAAAAAUACAAUAACAGUAACAAGGAAUUGCGGGAACACGUUAAGCAAAUUGAGAGCGAAAGAAGGGAACAGGGAAGAACGUUGGAGGAAUCAUAUCAGAAAAUAGCAACACUGGAAGACGCGAAAGCGUCCAUGGAUGUCGAGAGGACGCGUCUGCAAGCGCAGAUACGCGACAUGGAACGCGACGCGAUGCAAUUGCAGCAGCAACUCCGCUUCACGCAGGACGAGUUGCAAAAAUGCCACGAGAACAAUGCCCAGGCUCAGAACGAGGAGAAGGAAUUGCAGGCCAGAUUGGCUAACGAGACUGAGGAGAGAGAGCGAUUACAACUGCAAUUGCAUCAAGUGAAGAAACAGGUGGUCGAUUUGGAUAACAGUCUGGAAGUUACGCGACAAGAACUUGGAAAACUACGCGCUCGUGCGGAUGAGGAAGAUGAAAGAUGGCGUGCCCGAGAGCAAGAGCUGUUGGUGCGGCUCGAAGACAGUCGCUGUCGCGAAAGAAAAUUGGAAGAUCAGAAACAUAAUCUGGAGGUUUGCUUGGCCGAUGCCACGCAGCAACUUCAGGAGCUGAAGGCGCGUCUUGGAGGAUCCGAAGGCAGGGUGAGAGCUCUCGACGCUCAACUAUCGCAGCUGGAGACCGCUAAAAAAGAAGUGGAGCAGAAACUGAGCAGUGUAGGUUCCACGCUACGUCGUAUCGCCGGUAUCCAAAUGGAUGGAAGCGUCAACAUGCCAUUUAAAUUGAUGAGUCCUUCGAGAAGGUGGAGUCCGGCACGUGCGCAAGAUCAUGGUGACAGAGAUAUCAUACUGGAUGUCGAUCCUGAAGCUGUCAGGAAAGGAGUUCGAUCGCUUAUGCAACAAGUAGCUCAAAUCGAACGCGAGAGAGAUGACUACAAAACGGAAUUGUGCAGUUUUAAGAAGCAAUUGAAGGAGUCGCAAGAAAGCCAGAGUAACACAGACGCAAAAGUCAACAAUCUUCUGGCUAAUAUUCGAACGCUUCAGGAAGAGAAGAAAUCUAUGGAAGCGAAAUUAAUUCAAGCACAGACUGGUUAUCAAGCACAGUUAGAUGCGCUCCAACAAAAGACAAAGGAAUGCGAACAAUUAUGUGAAAAACUUACAACCUUAGAAAUAAAAAUGACUACCGAAUCGGAUGAGAAAUCUCAGUAUGAGGAUAAACUAGAGAAAAUGAAACAAGAAUUGAACAGAUUGGAAACGGAAAAGCGUAAUCUUCAGAAAGAAGUCCGUCACAGCGACUCUCGUGCAACAGAAAUGGAAUUGCACAGAAUGUCUCUAGACGGCGAUCCAAGAUUGCAAAUGAUGUUGCAAGAAAAAGAAGCAUAUAUUCAGAAGCUGCAAGACCGCUUUGACACGCAAAGUCGUACCAUGGCAGGUUUAGAGGAACGAUGCGCUUCGUUAAAAUCUACUAUAGAACAGUUAAAACUAGCAUUAGAGAAAGCAUCCGCCACGGAAAGUGAGCUCAAGAGUGAGAUAAAUUUAUUACAACACAACAUGAUACAGAUUACUGCUUCCUCUCAAAGUACUAACGAGAAGUUUAAGCAGUUGCAGAAACAGCUUUCAAAUACUGAAAAUGAUCGUAGGAUAUUAUCUGAACGUCUGGAAAUGGCUCAGCAGACUUUGAACAAUUUGAAACAUACCAAUCAGUCACUGAUUGAUCAAAAUGCACGACUGCAGAAUGAGCUAGCCAAUAAUGAAGUACAGCGAUCGGCCUUAGAAUCGCAAUUAAGAUUAUCUACAUGGCCGCCAGAAGGCAGCGCGACCAAAGACGAAGAAUUAUUGCGUCAAUUGCAAACUGCUCAAAGAGAAAGAAGCGAGCUGAGAGGAAAAGUAGAUGCUCUCAACGAUAAGGUGAAGUUAUUAGAAGCUGACAAACGUAAUUUAGAGCGUCAGAUCACCUCGAGCAAGACCGUUAGUACUCGAAGCAAGAGCUAUGAACGCCCAGAGAAAGCACACAUUGAACUUCUGGGCACUAGUUAUAGCCUCGAUCACUUGGAGCAUGAAAACCGAGAAUUGAGAUUAAAAAUACGCAAAUUAGAGACUCAAUUAGCGGAGAAGGAGGCCGAACUUAUACGCAUGAAAUCAACGUAUAUCCAUUCUUCACAUUCGUUAUUGGAUACAAGUCGAGAUAGAAGCGAAUUAGAACGGAUCAGAGCCGCGCAAUUGCAAGCUGAAAAAUUAUUGGAGGCAAGAGAGCAGAGCCAUCGUCAACAAGUAUCGCGUUUGGAAAAUCAGAUACAAUUAUUGCGGGAGCAGCUCAAUCAGGAGAUAAAGCGCAGGCAACUGUACGUUUUACGGAGUUCGCGAGCCGGUAGAGAAAUGCAACAAUUGCGGCAGGCAUUGGGCGACUCUUUGAAAACCGUGUCGCAAGAUCCAUCGCUUGACGCGGUGUUAUUGGAACACGAAGCACGCAAAUUGGAUUCUACCCUGACAAGUACCGCCAGUCUGCCACCGUCAUUAGCUUUACCUGCUCCGCCAUCUUACAGAUCCAACACUCCGUCACAACUUAAAUAAUGCAAAAAGUAAUCGCUGAUUGAACUUUUCUCGAAAAACUGCCAGUAUAUAUUUAUCAAGCGUAGCUUAUAUACAUCUUAAUUAAAGUGCUUAUAUAUUUGUGUAUUUGACAAGCUGAGAAUCAUAGUGAUGUAAGUCAGAAUAUAUUGAAACACGAGUUAUUCAUGUUUCUUUCUUCUAAGUGUCCUUUUUAUUUCGUUUCAUAAUAAAAUAAAUUAAAUUUUAAUACAUUUACAUUGAUAAGAAAUAAAAUACGUUGUAAAUUCUAGUGAUUGCAAAGACAAUAUAAUAUUUUUUUUAAUAAUCAGGUUAUACUAAUUUAUUUACAUCGUUAUGAUUUUCAGCCUUCGUUUAUAUCGAUAUAUAGGUACUUAAAUUAUAUCUUUCUUGAGGAUAUACAGGAUACAAUUAAAUCUUAUAUAUAUAAAAAUAUCGUUCGAUGUGCGCUUGAGCAUUAUGUAUUGAAGUCGUUAGAGAAAUAUCAGGAUAUAUCGAGAUUAUCAAGUUACCGCGAUGAAUUCGUAGCGCUUUUUGGUAUUUUAUAAUUAGAACAAUAAUUGCGGAUUUUUUGAUGACUAUAUUUUAUUUGAUAUACGAUUUUUACAUUGGAUAUAUUAAACUUUUAUCACUUUUUUAUACAAAGUUUAUGCUUCCAAUGAUUAACAUUGCAUGAAAAAGACUUAGUCAUAUUUCAUGCAGUUUAUUAUGCAUGAAAUAUGUCUUUGCGAUGUGCGUUUUACAUUUCAUAAGAAUAUGUAGCUAAAUUAAUAGCAAUACUCGCAACUUUCUUUCUCGAUUCUUAUAUAUCGACUGAAAAGAAAUUUUACAUAGAAACCAGUUAUAUAUCCAGCAAUUAUUGUAAAGAGAAAAGUGAUCUCAUGAUUCAUAACAUUAACAAAGAUCUCAUGAUCCAUAACAUUAAUUAAUCUUCAAAUGAGAAUAUAUAAACGUAGAGAUUAUUUAACAUUCUUAACAAAAUUUUACAAUGAAUGUGUUAAUUUAAGUUGAGUAUACUAGUCCAUGAUCCGUCCAUCAGUAUUGUUAUUGACCAACGUACGUACGUAUUUAUUUAUUUAUUUAUUUAUAUUAGAUAUUGAAGAUAGACAUUUAGUUCGUGACAGAUCAAAAAAGACAUAUUUAUUAUCAAGGAAAGAAGCGCAUAUGCGCUCUGGUGAUUCACGUAACGAAAAGUGCUUAUAAAGUAGGCGGCAGUAC